CUCGCGCAGGGCUGUUUGGGGGCGCUUGAGGCGCACAAGCUGGGGCAGGCGGAACCUUAGUCCUCAAACCCGCGUUUCCCGCGACUCCGCUCUCACCGCUACACUACUACACAGACGGCCUCCUUCCCCCACCCCCAGGGGCCCAUGCCGGUGCCGGGCUCCGGAGUUCGGGACUGCUAAUUUCAGCGAAACGAUUAAGAGACGCCCGAACAACAGACUGCACUUUCUGUCUUUCCGCAGGGAAAAGCUUCCAGCGUAGCGUCUCCCACGCUUCCCCGCCGGCGCAGAGGAGGCCCCACAAAAGCGCACGCCGCCGGCACGCACGCCGCCCUGCCCCGCCCCCACGGCCGGUAGCCGGCAGCUCCCCGCGCUCGCCCGCCGCUGCUUCCUUGGCCCUCGCCCCUCGUUCCGUUGGAAGGGCCUGAGGCGAGCCCUAGCUAGCUGUUGGCUGGAGGAAAGCCGGAGGAGACCGGGUCGACUGGGCAGAGCGGCAGAGGGUCGGGGAGCCUGCUCUGCACGCCCAGGGAGUAGAAGUGGGCAGGGAGCAGGGUUACGUGAGGGAGCGCGCCGCGACUGAGCUUGGGUCCGACUGGAGCUCAGGCUCGGGACCCAGACUGGUGGGCCAGGCCUCCAAGCCUGUCUUACACCCGAUCCAAGGAGGACACGCCGGACGCAGAGGGACGGAGCGAGCAAGGAGACAUGGCUUCAUCAUUCCUGCCCGCGGGGGCCACCACCGGCGAUAGCGGUGGAGAGCUGAGCUCAGGGGACGACUCCGGGGAGGUGGAGUUCCCCCAUAGCCCUGAGAUCGAGGAGUCCAGUUGCCUGGCCGAGCUGUUUGAGAAGGCUGCCGCGCACCUGCAAGGCCUAAUUCAGGUGGCCAGCAGGGAGCAGCUCUUGUAUCUGUAUGCCAGGUACAAACAGGUCAAAGUUGGAAAUUGCAAUACUCCUAAACCAAGCUUCUUUGAUUUUGAAGGAAAGCAAAAAUGGGAAGCAUGGAAAGCACUUGGUGAUUCAAGCCCCAGCCAAGCAAUGCAGGAAUACAUUGCAGUAGUUAAAAAACUAGAUCCAGGUUGGAAUCCUCAGAUACCAGAGAAGAAAGGAAAAGAAGCAAAUACUGGUUUUGGUGGGCCAGUUAUUAGUUCUCUAUAUCAUGAAGAAACCAUCAGGGAAGAAGACAAAAAUAUAUUUGAUUACUGCAGGGAAAACAACAUUGACCAUAUAACCAAAGCCAUCAAAUCGAAAAAUGUGGAUGUGAAUGUGAAAGAUGAAGAGGGUAGGGCUCUACUUCACUGGGCCUGUGAUCGAGGACAUAAGGAACUAGUCACAGUCUUGCUGCAGCAUAGAGCUGACAUUAACUGUCAGGACAAUGAAGGCCAAACAGCUCUACAUUAUGCCUCUGCCUGUGAGUUUCUGGAUAUUGUAGAGCUGCUGCUCCAGUCUGGUGCUGACCCCACUCUCCGAGACCAGGAUGGCUGCCUGCCGGAGGAGGUGACAGGCUGCAAAACAGUUUCUUUGGUGCUGCAGCGGCACACAACUGGCAAGGCUUAAUCAAAAGACUGGAAAACCACAGUCUGUAAUAGCAUAAGGCUUCCAUUAUGAAAGAAAACUACAAAAAUAAUACUUCUUUUUCUGCCCAUCUUUGGUAUGUAUUGGCUAAUAAAAUCAGUUCUGUGGAACUGGGA